AUGGAUUAUGAAGCUAUUGCAAGCACGAUUAUGCCCAAUCUAGGGCAUAAGAUUAAAGAUUUCCAAUAUUACACAUGGAACGUCACUAAUUGGAAUAAUUUGCCAGAAAAAUUAAUGGGUCCUGAGUUUGAAGCUGGAGGUUUGAAAUGGCAAAUCUUACUUUUUCCAUUCGGAAACAGUAAUAAAAGUAAAGUUUCCAUUUUCUUGAAGUUCGUUGAACAGCAGGGUGAAAGUGCAGGUUGGCAUGCCUGUGUGCAGUUCGCAUUGCUUUUAUGGAAUUCAGAAGAACCGACGAAAUAUGUCGGCUAUCCCGCUUAUAAUCGUUUUGAUGCAAAAUAUUCCGAUUGGGGCUUUGGGAGUUUUUAUGACCGAAGCAAACUAUUUAUUCCGUUUAAUAAUCGGACCUGUCCACUAAUUGAAAAUGGUUCCUGCAAAAUUACAGCUCUCGUCCGUGUUCUAAAAGAUCCAACUGGUACACUCUGGUCUGAUAGAAACAUGGGGCACAUAGGCUUAAAGAGCCAAAGAACAAAUACUUUCCUUAAUUCUGUGGUACUAUCAUUAUACUACAUAAGAUAUUUUCGAAGGGCUGUAUAUAUGAUCUCUAAAGAAGGAGAUAUACCAGCAAGAAGCAUUGCAUCAGCUUUACAAAGAGUGUUUUAUCAAUUGAAUAUUUCAGCAUCUUAG